UGAACAUCCAUGUAGAAGUGGUUCAGAUGUACCUUCCUCUGGGGACUCUCCCCAUCUGGAGGGAUGCCAGGGUCAUCCGUACCCAUUAGGAACUCCCCUCCUGGGACGAAGACCAUCUACAGACAGCAGACACACAUCAGGGCCAUCUACAGACACAUCAGUGUAGAUCAGUUUGACAUGUCAGAUAAGAUGUCUAGUUUCCUGCACAUCGGGGACAUCUGCUCCCUGUAUGCCGAGGGCUCCACCAAUGGCUUCAUCAGCACUCUGGGGCUGGUUGAUGACCGGUGCGUGGUACAGCCAGAUGCAGGGGACCUCAACAACCCCCCCAAAAAGUUUCGAGACUGUCUGUUUAGGUUGUGCCCCAUGAACCGGUACUCUGCCCAGAAACAGUUCUGGAAGGCUGCAAAGCCUGGUGGAAACAGCACCACGGACACAGUCCUGCUCAACAAACUCCAUCAUGCAGCAGAUUUGGAAAAGAAGCAAAAUGAUUCGGAAAAUAAAAAGUUGCUUGGGACAGUGAUUCAGUAUGGGAAUGUCAUCCAGCUCCUCCAUCUGAAGAGUAACAAGUAUCUUACCGUAAACAAGCGUCUGCCUGCACUGCUGGAGAAGAAUGCCAUGAGAGUGAUGCUGGACACGGCCGGGAACGAAGGCUCCUGGUUCUACAUUCAACCGUUCUACAAGUUGCGCUCUAUUGGAGACAGUGUGGUAAUUGGGGACAAGGUGGUCCUGAACCCAGUGAAUGCUGGCCAGCCCCUACAUGCCAGUACCCAUCAACUAGUGGACAACCCAGGAUGUAAUGAGGUGAACUCUGUCAACUGCAACACCAGCUGGAAGAUUGUGCUGUUCAUGAAAUGGGGUGACAAUCAAGAGAUCAUCUUGAAAGGGGGCGACGUGGUGCGCCUGUUCCAUGCAGAGCAGGAGAAGUUCCUCACAUGUGACGACCACCGAAAAAAACAAUAUGUCUUCCUGCGCACCACUGGACGCCAAUCUGCUACCUCAGCAACUAGCAGCAAAGCCUUAUGGGAAGUGGAGGUUGUGCAGCACGAUCCAUGUCGAGGUGGAGCUGGCUACUGGAACAGCCUGUUCAGGUUCAAACACCUGGCCACUGGGCACUACUUGGCAGCCGAGAUCAACCCAGACUAUGAGGAGGAGUGCCUUGACUCCCGCUCCUCGCUGGACUCAGAACAUAUUGACCUACGAGCACGCCUAAGAAAUCCCCAAGAGAAGGUUAUGUACACCCUGGUGUCCGUACCUGACGGCAAUGACAUCUCCUCCAUCUUUGAACUCGACCCUACCACUUUAAGAGGGGGGGACUCCCUAGUUCCCAGAAACUCAUAUGUGAGGCUCAGACAUCUGUGCACCAACACGUGGGUCCACAGCACCAACCAUCCGAUCGACAAGGAGGAGGAGAAACCAGUUAUGCUACGUAUUGGCACAUCUGCGUUGAAAGAAGACAAAGAGGCAUUUGCUAUUGUGCCUGUCUCGCCUGCUGAAGUAAGAGACUUGGACUUUGCCAAUGAUGCCAGUAAGGUGUUGGCCUCCAUCGCAGGCAAACUGGAGAAGGGCACCAUCACUCAGAAUGAAAGAAGGGCAGUGACCAAACUUCUUGAAGACCUAGUGUUUUUUGUGGUGGACAUCCCCAACAAUGGCCAGGAUGUGCUGGAGAUCAUGGUCAACAAGCCCAACAGAGAGAGACAGAAACUCAUGAGGGAACAGAACAUUCUCAAACAGAUCUUCAAGCUUCUGCAGGCUCCGUUUACCGACAGCGGGGAUGGGCCCAUGCUUAGGUUAGAGGAGCUGGCUGACCAGCGCCACGCCCCCUUCAGACACAUUUGCCGUCUGUGUUACCGUGUGCUACGCCACUCUCAGCAGGACUACCGCAAGAACCAGGAGUACAUAGCCAAGCAGUUCCGCUUCAUGCAGAAGCAAAUCGGUUAUGAUGUUCUUGCUGAGGACACUAUCACAGCUCUGCUUCACAACAACCGCAAGCUACUGGAGAAACACAUCACAGCUGCAGAAAUUGACACCUUCGUCAGCCUCGUCAGGAAGAACCGGGAGCCCAGGUUCCUUGAUUACCUGUCAGACUUGUGUGUGUCAAUGAACAAGUCCAUUCCUGUGACCCAGGAGCUUAUCUGUAACGCGGUUUUGGACCCUACCAAUGCAGACAUCCUCAUAGAGACCAAACUGGUGCUGUCCAGGUUUGAGAUUCAGGGAGCAUCCAUCGGAGACAACUCACUGGAGUCUGAGGAGGAUGAGGAGGAGGUGUGGCUGUUCUGGAAGGACAGCAAUAAGGAGAUCAGGAGUAAGAGCAUCAGAGAGUUGGCCCAGGACGCCAAGGAUGGCGUCAAGGAGGACCAAGAGGUGGUCAGCUAUUACAGGUACCAGCUGAAUCUGUUUGCCCGGAUGUGUCUGGACCGGCAGUACCUGGCCAUCAAUAAAAUCUCAGGUCAGCUGGACGUGGACCUGAUCCUGCGCUGCAUGUCUGAUGAAGAUCUGCCCUAUGACCUCCGUGCUUCCUUCUGCCGCAUGAUGCUGCACAUGCAUGUGGACCGCGACCCCCAGGAACAGGUCACGCCGGUCAAAUAUGCCCGCCUCUGGUCUGAGAUACCCUCCGAGAUCGCCAUUGACGACUAUGACAAUGACGGCACCUCCAAGGAUGAGAUCAAGGAGCGUUUUGCUCUGACCAUGGAGUUUGUGGAGAACUACCUGAGAGACGUGGUCUGUCAGAGCUUCCCAUUCGCCGACAAGGAGAAAAACAAACUCACCUUUGAGGUAGUGAAUCUAUCCAGGAACCUCAUCUACUUUGGCUUCUACAAUUUUAGUGACCUGCUGAGGCUGACCAAGAUCCUGCUGGCCAUCUUGGACUGCGUCCAUGUCAGCACCUUCUUCGCCAUCAACAAGCUGGAGAAGGGAGAGGAGGCUAAAGGCAGUAACGUGAUGCGCUCCAUCCAUGGGGUGGGGGAGCUGAUGACCCAGGUGGUGCUGAGGGGAGGGGGGUUCCUGCCCACCACCCCCACCAACCCACCCAACGGUGUCCAGGUCAAGACCCAGACGGAGCCAGAAAAACAGGACAUCCUGGUCAUGGACACCAAGCUGAAGAUCAUAGAAAUACUACAGUUCAUUCUGAAUGUGCGGCUGGACUACAGGAUCUCCUGUCUCCUGUGUAUCUUUAAGAGGGAGUUUGACGAGAGCAACUCCCAGUCCGACGUGUCUUUAGCGGGAUCACUGGAGGGACCAAACAGCAUGCCAGGGGCUCUGGACUUUGAACACAUAGAGGAGCAGGCAGAGGGGAUAUUUGGUGGAAGUGAGGAGAACACGGCGUUGGACCUGGAUGACCACGGCGGUCGGACCUUUCUGAGGGUUCUGCUCCACCUGACCAUGCAUGACUACCCUCCCCUGGUGUCCCGAGCCCUCCACCUGCUCUUCAGACACUUCAGCCAGAGGCAGGAGGUGUUGCAGGCCUUCAAGCAGGUCCAGUUGCUAGUGACAAGUCAGGAUGUGGAGAACUACAAGCAGAUCAAGUCAGACCUAGACCAGCUCCGGUCAAUUGUGGAGAAGUCUGAGCUGUGGGUCUAUAAGAGACUGGGGCCAGACGAGAGCAUGGAUACUGGGGAGCACUCUGCCGAAUCUCAACACAAGAAGGGGGAUUCGGACAAACCAAAGAAACCAGAGAGUACCAGCAGCUACAACUACAGGGUGGUGAAGGAGAUCUUGCUGCGUCUCAGCAGGCUGUGUGUUCAGGAGGGUCUGUCAGGCAGGAAGAGUAAGAAGCAGCAGCAGAGGCUCCUGAGGAACAUGGGGGCUCAUGCCGUGGUGCUGGAGUUAUUACAGAUCCCAUACGAGAAGGGGGAGGAUGUGCGCAUGCAGGAGAUCAUGAAGCUGGCCCACCAGUUCCUGCAGAACUUCUGUGCAGGGAACCAGCAAAACCAGGCCCUGCUCCACAAACAUAUCAACCUGUUCCUUAACCCAGGGAUUCUGGAGGCGGUCACCAUGCAACACAUCUUCAUGAAUAACUUCCAGCUGUGCAGUGAGAUCAACGAGCGUGUUGUUCAGCACUUUGUCCACUGCAUUGAGACGCACGGCCGCCACGUCCAGUACCUCAAGUUCCUCCAGACCAUCGUCAAGGCCGAGAACAAGUUCAUCAAGAAGUGUCAGGACGUCGUCAUGGCUGAGUUGGUGAACGCUGGCGAGGACGUGCUGGUGUUCUACAACGACCGCGCGUCCUUCCAGACCCUGGUGACGAUGAUGCGUUCGGAGCGGGACCGUAUGGACGAGAACAGUCCUCUGAUGUACCACAUCCACCUGGUGGAGCUGCUGGCCGUCUGCACCGAGGGAAAGAACGUCUACACUGAGAUCAAGUGCAACUCCCUGCUGCCCCUGGAUGACAUUGUGAGGGUGGUCACCCAUGAGGACUGCAUCCCUGAGGUGAAGAUAGCCUACAUCAACUUCCUGAACCAUUGCUAUGUGGACACAGAGGUGGAGAUGAAAGAGAUCUAUACAAGCAACCACAUGUGGAAGCUCUUUGAGAACUUCCUGGUGGACAUCUGCAGGGUGUGCAACAAUACGAGUGACCGCAAACACGCCGAUAUAGUCCUUGAGAGCUAUGUGACGGAGACAGUGAUGAGCAUUGUGACCACCUUCUUCAGUUCUCCCUUCUCCGACCAGAGUACCAGCCUGCAGACCAGACAGCCAGUGUUCGUUCAGCAGUUGCAGGCAGUGUUCAGGGUGUACCACUGUACCUGGCUGGUUCCAGCCCAGAAAGGCUCAGUGGAGAACUGUAUCAAGGUGCUGUCUGAUGUGGCUAAAGGGCGGGCCAUCGCCAUUCCCGUGGAUCUGGACAGCCAGGUGAACAACCUGUUUGUGAAAUCCAACAACAUUGUCCAGAAAACAGCCAUGUCCUGGAGAAUGUCUGCCCGCAAUGCUGCCUGCAGAGACUCCGUGCUGACCACUUCACGGGACUACCGGAACAUCAUUGAGAGACUGCAGGACAUAGUGUCUGCUCUAGAGGACCGUCUACGUCCUCUGGUCCAGGCUGAGCUGUCUGUCCUUGUGGAUGUCCUGCACCGGCCAGAGCUGCUCUUUCCAGAGAACACAGACUCCCGCAGGAAGUGUGAGAGUGGAGGUUUCAUCUGCAAGCUGAUCAAACACACCAAGCAGCUGCUGGAGGAGAACGAGGAGAGGCUGUGCAUCAAAGUCCUGCAGACCCUCCGUGAGAUGAUGACCAAAGACAGGGGGUACGGGGAGAAGCUCAGGGCCUGUGAUGAUGAGAUGGAUAUGUCUGAGCAGCUGGAUCUCAACCAGCCACAGAAAAUACUUGACGACAAGAGGAGGGGUGAAGCGCUAAGGCAGAUUCUGGUUAACCGUUACUAUGGUAACUUCCAUAGUAGGAGUGGUGGGCGGAGGGACAGCCUGACGGCCUUUAGCAAUGGUGCCCUGGUUCCGGUUGGGCCUGGGAAGAGCCAAUCAGGUCUUGGUGGACCAGGGGCCCUUAGUCGAGGCGAGAUGAGCCUGGCGGAGGUCCAGUGUCACCUGGACAAGGAGGGGGCCUCUGACCUGGUCAUUGACCUGAUCAUGAACACCACCAGUGACCGUGUCUUCCAAGAGAGCAUUCUAUUGGCCAUUGCCCUGCUGGAGGGCGGGAACACCACUAUCCAGCGGUCCUUCUUCAGCCGUUUGACGGAGGACAAAAAGUCGGAGAAGUUUUUCCGGGUUUUCUAUGAUCGGAUGAAGCUGGCACAACUUGAGAUCAAAGCCACAGUGACGGUCAACACCAGUGACCUCGGCAACAAGAAGAGGGAUGACGACACCUCCGACAAGGACAUUCCCAUCCGCAAGAAAGCCAAAGACUCUGCGGUGGUGACAGAGGAGGUGAGAGAGCAGCUGUUAGAGGCCUCGUCAGCCACUAAGAAGGCCUUCAACUCAUAUCGCCGGGAGGCGGACCCUGAGGACCACUUCUCUGCAGCGGACGGCACACCCAGUGCUGGGGACAAGGGCCAGGACGACGGAGAGAUGAGCUUCAUAAUAGUCAUCAUGCAGCCCAUCCUGCGCUUUCUCCAGUUGCUCUGUGAGAACCACAACCGAGAUCUACAGAACUUCCUUCGCUGUCAGAACAAUAAGAACAACUACAACCUGGUGUGUGAGACGCUGCAGUUCCUGGACUGUAUCUGUGGUAGCACCACAGGAGGCCUGGGUCUGCUGGGUCUCUACAUCAAUGAGAAGAACGUGGCUCUCAUCAACCAGACGGUGGAGAGCCUCACAGAGUACUGCCAGGGACCCUGCCACGAGAACCAGAACUGCAUUGCUACCCACGAGUCCAACGGCAUUGACAUCAUCAUCGCCCUGAUCCUGAAUGACAUCAACCCAUUGGGGAAGAAGAGGAUGGACCUGGUGCUAGAACUCAAGAACAAUGCCUCCAAGCUGUUGCUGGCUAUCAUGGAGAGUCGUCAUGACAGUGAGAAUGCAGAGAGAAUCCUGUACAACAUGAGACCCAAAGAGCUGGUGGAGGUGAUUAAGAAGGCCUACCUGCAGGGAGAGGUGGCAUUUGAGGAUCCAGAGGAGGAGGACGACAGCAGGGAAGAGGAAGAGCAUGAUGCUGCCUCCCCCAGAAAUGUGGGCCACAAUAUCUACAUCCUGGCCCAUCAGUUGGCCCGCCACAACAAAGAGCUGCAGGUGAUGCUAAAGCCAGGAGGUACCAAUGGAGAGGGAGACGAGGCUCUGGAGUUCUAUGCCAAACACACUGCUCAGAUAGAGAUUGUUCGUCAUGACCGCACCAUGGAGGAGAUUGUGUUCCCUGUGCCCAACAUCUGUGAGUUCCUGACCUGUGAGUCCAAACUGAGGGUGUACUACACCACGGAAAGGGACGAGCAGGGCAGCAAGAUCAAUGACUUCUUCCUCAGCGCGGAGAACCUCUUCAAUGAGAUGAAUUGGCAGAAGAAACUGCGAGCCCAGCCUGUAUUGUACUGGUGCUCCAGGAACAUGUCCUUCUGGAGUAACAUUUCCUUCAACCUGGCUGUGCUCAUGAACCUGCUGGUGGCCUUCUUCUAUCCCCUGGAUGGGUUGCGUGAAGGUAACCUGGAGCCUCACCUGUCUGCCCUGCUGUGGUUGGGCAUGUUGGCAUCGUUGGCUAUCGUGGUGGCCAUGCCCCAGCCCCUUGGGGUUCGCACCCUCAUCAUCGCCACCAUCCUCCGCCUCAUCUUCUCCGUCGGCCUGGAGCCCACCCUCUUCCUGCUCGGAGCCUUCAAUGUGUGUAAUAAGAUCAUUUUCUUGAUGAGUUUUGUGGGGAACAAAGGGACGUUCACGCGGGGCUACAAGGCCAUGAUCCUGGACGUCGAGUUCCUCUAUCACUUAAUGUACCUCAUCAUCUGCAGCCUGGGGGUCUUCGUCCACGUCUUCUUUUACAGCUUGCUGCUCUUUGACCUGGUAUACAGGGAGGAGACUCUCCUGAAUGUCAUAAAGAGUGUGACACGUAAUGGACGCUCCAUUGUGCUGACAGCAGUGCUGGCUCUCAUCCUGGUCUACCUGUUCUCCAUCGUGGGCUACAUCUUCUUCAAGGACGACUUUAUUCUGGAGGUGGACCGCAUAUCCAACGACACUCUAGAGAAUGGGGCCAGUAUAGCUAAUGAGCUGGUGUCUGCUGGGAUUUGUCGGUCUGAAACUGGCCUAAACAACUGCACCACAGAGCUUCAAGAGGAAGACUUGGAGGAGGACAUGGAGGAUGGGAAGGAGCGUACGUGUGACUCCCUGCUCAUGUGCAUUGUUACUGUGCUGAGCCACGGCCUGCGUAGCGGAGGGGGGGUGGGAGACGUCCUGAGAAAGCCCUCCAAAGAGGAGCCUCUGUUUGCGGCCAGAGUGAUCUACGAUCUGCUCUUCUUCUUCAUGGUUAUCAUCAUUGUCCUCAACCUAAUUUUUGGUGUCAUUAUUGACACAUUUGCUGACCUGAGGAGUGAGAAACAGAAGAAGGAAGAGGUCCUGAAGACCACUUGCUUCAUCUGUGGUCUGGAGAGAGACAAGUUUGACAACAAGACUGUGACAUUUGAGGAGCACAUCAAGGAGGAGCACAACAUGUGGCACUACCUGUACUUCAUCGUGUUGGUUAAGGUGAAGGACUCUACGGAGUACACCGGCCCUGAGAGCUACGUCGCUGAGAUGAUCAAGGAGCACAAUCUGGACUGGUUCCCUCGGAUGCGUGCAAUGUCGCUGGUGAGCAGUGAUGCAGAGGGUGAGCAGAAUGAGAUCAGGAACCUGCAGGAGAAGCUGGAGUCAGCCAUGAGGCUGGUGUGCAACCUGUCUGGACAGCUCACAGAACUCAAGGAGCAGAUGACAGAGCAGAGAAAACAGAAGCAGAGGAUUGGGCUCCUGGGCCACCCCCCUCACAUGAAUGUCAACCCCCAGCAGCCAGCCUGAGAAUGACAGUGAAACGCACCCAUCUCCUCCCAGGACCCUAACACCCAGGACAUAAACCAGAGACUGACCUAAAAGGGCCUAAGACGGUCAUUUCCGCCCAGUCUAUGUAGUGUGUAAUAUACAGGAGUAUGCCAAAGUGUUCGGUUGUAGUGCCUGGCUCAGGGUUACCGUGGACAGAGAAUAGUUACAUUGUGUGUAGAACGCCUGAAUGUGUAGUUUUUAUGAGGUACACAUUAGUGUAGAGGACGUAUAUGCAUCCAGUGUAGAUGAUAGUCUGGCUAUGUACUGUGUGAAGUGCACAUGGGUUUGAGUGGAGACUUGGGGUGCACAAAGCGCCCUAAGACUUAACAAGAAGGAACGUGUCAUGUAAGUUUAGGUGGUAAAAAAGUACUGAAGUGAAAAUGCCUUAUGUUGUCUAACUACCCUUAAUGCCUUGUCCAUCUUCCUCGCUGCAUUGAAUUGGUGAUAGCCGUUCUGCUCUCGUAUUAGCCUCGAUGCAUUUGGUGAAUCUGAAGCCUCGGCCAAUUGCACCAAGGAGAUCUUGAGAGGCCUGGGACGCUUGUGUUGGAUGAAGCUUUCCUCUUGUUUUGUAAUUGAAUCCUGGUGGGCUAACAGUAUUUAAGAUCUUGUUUUUGUACAAGGUGCAAUAUCAACAUGACAUGCAACCACAAAUAUGAUUCAUCUGUACAUAAUGUCUUAACAGUGAUUAUUUGUUUUGGUUUUUUGGGGGAUUUAUUCGUUUUUUUUUCUUCUCUUUAGAUAUAUAUUUCAAUGUCGGAAUAGAAUUGUGACCACUUUAGACGAACGGUGUCCCACAUGUGAGUCUGUAUUAACGAGGUCCAAUUUUGUUUAGUCGAGGCUCUGUACUCCAGCACUUUUGACUUAAAAGAUACAAUGACUAUGAGGUUAAAGUAGAGACUAUAAGCUUUAAUUUGAGGAUAUUUUUUAAUUACCACAAUUCUUCGAUAUAAUAUCCCCAUUCAAGGGGACCAAAAGUAUUUGGAUGAGUAAACUUAUACAUCUGUAAUAAAGGAGUGAAAAUGAGUCCAAGCACACAAUGACUACAUCAAGCUUAUUACUAUCCAGUUGUGUUGGAAACACAAUGUACUCUUUGGAAAUACAUUUUUGUUGGGCAAAAAAUUGCCUGCCAAUCAAACAAAAAGGUUUGUGGUGUCACAAGGUGGGUAUGUAGUUAAUGUAGUCAUUGUGCUUUAGGAAGAUAAAAUGAAUGCUAAAUGUUUGACUAGUUAAUACACAGUGCAUUUUUUUAUGUUUUAUUCAUUUAUUGGUUCAUCAAAUGUGGAUGAAUGUCAUCCUUAAAAUAAAACCCAAAACUAAUUUGCAUUCCCUGUAUAUUUUUGUCAAAAGAAAAAUAACCGAGAAGUCCAUAUGCACAGUAUGGGUAUUGUGCUAAAGCCAACAUUGUUUUCAAACACUUGUAUGAGAUUGUUUGCAUAUAAACAUACUAUAUAGUGUUUUUCAUCAUUUCAGGCAACUUUUAGGAUGAAGACCGGUUUUGCAGUCAUCUAUUUAUGAUGUCAUAUCUGGUUCAUUACCUUUUUUGCCUGUUUGUAACUUACUGUGCCUAUGCCCCCUGUAGAUGGUUCUUGCAAGCACUGGUUUUUAUGUCAGCACUAUGAAAUUGAGGAAAGCCAAGAUGUUACCACAUGUAAAAGCUUUGGUAUUGCUUAUGUCAUACUUUGGGAGCACACCAAACAUUUAAGUGACAAUGUUUUUCUACCCCCUUGCUUUGAUAUGUUGGCACUGAAUUGCAUUCUGUCUUAUUUUUUUUAAUUCAUUUUCCCUAAAAUUGUAGCACUGAUUAUUAUAGCUUGUAGCACAUGAGUGAAUGUUUCUUAAAGCUACUUUUCACUUUGUUUUGUGAAGUGCCUUUGAUUGCAGUGUUCAUGUAAAGAAAUUCACAGAGUACUAAUAUAAUAGUUUUUGAGUUCGGUUUGACCAGUCUCAUAUAAGCCAUUGAUACUACUAUAUAAAACAUACUUUCUGAAAUGUACAUUCCAUUCUCUAAAACUCUAUUUAAUAAACGUGUGGAAUAAA